UCCAAAACCUCAACUUCUACAACCGAAAAGAGAAAAAAGUCAGAAUUUUUGGUAACCCCAAAUUGAGUUUGAACUUUGAAAUCAAAACACAGAAUUUAAUUAAUUAGAGCUUUGCGAUCGAAAAUAAUGGCGGGGAGUAGCUUGCUGGGAAGGCUGCGGAAGGCGGUGAGGAAGGUGAGAUUUAUGAUAAACUUCAGCAUCCAAAGCUGGCGGUUGGCGGCCAUGAUGGGGCGGACUUCGUCGAGAAAUCUACGGCUGAGCUUCAACGAACGGCCAGGAUUGAAGGCCUGCACCGAAGAUAUUACGGAAUCAUCUCAACACUACUCUCCAGGGCUGCAGAGAACUGCCAGCUAUGCUUCCGAAGAUGACGUGGACAAGCGGGCGGAUAUGUUUAUAGCUAAUUUCUACCGGCAGCUUCAGAUCGAGCGCCAGGUGUCGCUGGAGCUUCAGUACUGCCGUGGGAAUAGCUUCAACAACCACCUCCUAAUUUCUCCUUCUCCUUAAUUAAGUUCGAUUUUGAUUUAAUUUCUUCUUGUUUUUCAAGAGGAUCUCCGAUUUCCAAUUUGAAUUUGGGAUUGGUUUUUCGAUUCCAUUCAAUUCCCAAGAAGAUCAAAUUUUGAAGCCACGGUGGCGUGGGAAUGGGAUUCAUCGUUGAUGUAGAAUUCAACGCUUCGCCUUGAAUUAUUCGGUAUUAUUCUUUGAAUUUUGGUGUUAAAUUUCAAUUAUGGCGGUGUGAUUUCUGUUUCUGAUCACCAUUUUUGCUACAUGGCCAAAUGGUGGGGAUAAGGGAAUUUGAUUUUGAAAUGUAUGUUGUCUAUUUUUUUUUGUUUUUUUGUUUUUUUUGUGAAUGUUCAUGAAUAAAAAGGGGAAUGCAAAUAUUUGGUUAAUUCUUUCUAUUGUAUUUA